AUGGCGCGUCCGGCCGGGCGAAGGCGGGCGCCGCAUGUGGUUGGACUGAUUCUAGGCAUUUUGCUGCUGGCGUGCGGCCCGUCGCAUGCGCACGAGGCAGACCACAAGUACGAGGAGGGGGAAGCGGUCACCCUCUGGGUGAACAAGGUCGGUCCGUUCAACAACCCCCAGGAGACGUACAACUACUACUCUCUCCCCUUCUGCCACAACUGGAGCGAGAAGAAGCUGCGCCGCAAGUGGGCCGGCAUCGGCGAGGCCGUGCAGGGCAACGAGCUGAUCGACUCCGGGUUCGCGAUCAAGUUCAACGACGACGUCGCCAAGACCAGCCUGUGCGAGGUGGACCUCGACGAGGCGUCCGUGCAGUCCUUCGUCCACGCCAUCCGCUCGCAGUACUGGUACGAGCUCUACAUCGACGACCUGCCCAUGUGGGGGUUCGUCGGCGAGGCCGUCAUGGGCGGCCUGGAGGACGCGGCGCCCCCCGCGGCGGGCGGCGAGGGCGGACACCCCCCGGAGGAGUUGGUGUUUUACGUCUACACGCACCAGUCGUUCGCGGUGGGCGUCAACGGGGAGCGCAUCGUGGAGGUGAACCUGACGGCGAGCGACCCGCAGGAGCUGCGCGUCGGCGGGAAGCUCGCGUUCCACUACUCCGUGGAGUGGCACCCGUCGGAGGUGCCGUUUGACAUGCGGUACGACAGGUACCUCGACAACCGGUUCUUCGAACACAACAUCCACUGGUUCUCGCUGUUCAACUCCUUCAUGAUGGUCAUCUUCCUCAUCGGCAUCGUCGCGCUCAUCCUCCUCCGGACCCUCCGCAAGGACAUCUCCCGGUACGCCGCGAGCAUGGACGUGGAGGCCGUGGAGCGCGACCUCGCGGACGAGUUCGGCUGGAAGAUGGUGCACGGCGACGUGUUCCGCCCGGCGCACAGCCAGGAGCUGCUGUGCGCGCUGGUCGGCACGGGCAUCCAGCUCGCGGCGCUGGUGCUCGUGGUGGUCGCCAUCGCCAUCAUGCGCGACCUGCACGAGAGCCGCGGCGCGAUUCUGUCGACCUUCAUCGCGCUGUACUCGUUCUCGUCGCUGGUGGGCGGGUACGUGUCGGGCUCGCUGUACGCGCGGCGGGAGGGGCAGCGGUGGAUCCGGACGAUGGUUCUGACCUCGGUGUUCUUCCCCGGGGUCGUGUUCGGCGUCGCGUUCUGCAUCAACGUGGUCGCGCUCUUCUACGGGUCGCUCGCGGCCGCGUCGCCGGGCACCGUGGCGCUGAUCGUGGCGAUGUGGGCGUUGAUCAGCUUCCCGAUGACGCUGAUCGGGACGGUCACCGGCCGGCACUGGAACGGCGCGCCGGACAACCCCUGCCGCGUCAAGCGCAUCCCCUCCCCCGUCCCCAUGCGCGCGUGGUACCUCCGGCCGCUCCCGCUCGCGCUCGCGGGCGGCGUCCUCCCGUUCGGGUCGAUCUUCAUCGAGAUGUACUUCGUGUUCACGUCGUUCUGGAACUACAAGGUCUACUACGUCUACGGCUUCAUGCUCGUGGUGCUGCUGAUCCUGAUCGUCGUGCAGGCGUGCUGCUCGGUCGUCGGCACGUACCUCCUGCUCAACGCGGAGGACCACCGCUGGCAGUGGGCGUCGUUCGGAACCGGGUUCUCCACCUCGCUGUACGUGUUCCUGUACAGCGUGCACUACUUCAUGCACAAAACGGCCAUGUCCGGGCUCUUCCAGACGACCUUCUACUUCGGGACGCAGCUCAUGCUCUGCCUCGGCCUCGGGCUGACCUGCGGCGCCGUCGGCCACAUCGCGGCCAACGCGUUUGUGCGCCGCAUCUACCGGUCAGUCAAGUGCGACUGA